GAGCUGGUAGUGGCUCGUAUUUUGCAACCUUCUUUGCCUCGAUUUCGAUAGCAUACUAGCUGAUCCUUUACUCAUCUCCUCAAGGUAUUAACACUCCGCAUUGUAAUAUCAAUCUGGUUGUGUUUCAGUUACUGACUCUGUCGCACCCUUUAGCUUAUCCAAGAUGGCCAGAGGAGACACAUCACGAUCUCCAGGGGCCAAGCGGGCUAAAAUUGAAACUAAGUCUUUGAAGGCCCCCCCGCGUGCUGCAGGGGCGGUAAAAGCAAGCCACGGGGUUCUUUCAUCCGCCGAUGCCCUCGGCACCUCCAGCAACAAUCAGCAGCCGGCGUCCACCGGGGCAGCGGCACCGUCGUUGCAAACUAGCAAUUCCUGCGCCCUUCUCCCCCCUAUGUCUAUUAGCAACACAUCGGCGCUGGAGUCGCUGGCGGGCUCUCUGAACCCGGACCUGAUUCCGGAAUUGCUACCGGAAAAAUUGCUGCAGGAGGACGACGUGUCGUGCCUUGGCACCGAGCCCGGGGAUCUGCUCGCAGCUUGCGGGGCCGCCGCAGUUCAGCGUUUUCCGGCUAACGAGAAGAUUGUGCUCCCCGUUCCGCGGACUACCGAGGAAAAAGCGCGAGUCUACCACAGCUUCUCAAAGCAGGUGCAGUUUGGGAAGUACAGCACGUACCGGGUGGCACAAGUGCAUCCCCCGAUCGUCUUCGACCACGGAGGAGCAGCGGUAAAGGAGGUGAUCUUCAAGUCGCCGGUGUUGUCGACCGCGCAGCGCGACAAAACCUGGCCCCAGCGCAAACCGCUGGUCGAGCUCCAACUGCUGGCCUCGCUCGCCUUACACAAGCCCGCUGGCCUGCUGGCGCCUUUACACAUGUUCUUCGAUGGCCCGCGGAUGGACACGGUCUUCGCUGUUUUUCCGCGGCUUCAGAGCUUCGCGGCAAGGCAGUUGACCGAGGAACAGACGAAGGCCUUCAUCCGGCCAAUCGCGAACCAGGUGGCGAAUGGGUUGCAUGUGCUCCAUAUCAAAUGUAAAAGUGUCUGGGUCUGGAGACUUGUGAUGCUGUGCGCCGUAUCAUGAGGAGGCGACAAUUGCUGGCUCAGCAUGACAAGUUUGUGAGCUUCUAGAUGUUGCCUAUUCUGCGUGACAAACUACGUCUCUGCAUGACAGAAAAGUGGGGCUCUUUGGUAAUGUGCAUGACAGAUUUAAGAGUCAUGCCAGACAGGCAUGACAAACUUGGAUUCUUCCAGACGCAGACAUUUUUACAUUUGAUACUCCAUGUGAAUGAUGUCUAUCACAGGGACAUCACGGAAGAUACCCUGCUCCAUCUGUUCACAGACGGCGGCAAAGGCAUCCGGGUGCAGAUCGGGGAGUUUUCGUGUGCUUCAGAUGACAACCCGCCGACGCAAGAGCACUCGUUCCUGCCGGAACUUGUGAACUUCGAACAGAUAUCGCGUGCAAAUAUGCCCGAGCCUGGAAGAUUGCCAGGCUUGUCAUGCAAGUUGUGUGUGGCCCAUGAUGUUUGUAAUGCAUGACCUAGCGUAAGCGUCGCCGGCUUCUGUUUCUUGGAGGGCAUCCUGAUGCGUAAGUACUUAUUCGCUCCGCAUGGAUGACAAAUCAAUGCCCUCGCUUCCCGCGUAGCACAGACUGGACUCCUCUUCCUGGUCACGCCAUGAAAGUUUUUUUAUGAUCCGAAGAAAGCACGACAAUUUGCAACCUUCCAGACCCAGGCAUAAGCAUUUGCAUUUGAUAGCAAAUCGACCACCAUUUCGACGUCCUGGGCAAACCCGGGGUGUUCAGCAAGAAGAAGGAAAACCGCGGGAGGCGGUUGUCGGACUACAUUCGGACGAUGCUCAAGAUGCCGUCGCCGGAGGAGCAGAACGCGGCGCGGGAACUGCGCGAAAAGACGUUGAACCCAAUUACGCGGCUCGGGACCUACAAGGCCCGCAUCUUGGAGCAGCCCGAUCCGGUUCGGUUCGGCAAGCAGGUGGACAUCGGCAUGCUCGCGGUUUUUUUAGUGGAUCUGAUGAACAAGGGAGCAGACGAAAGUAAAAGGAUCCUGGACCGCCCCGCCGAUGGGAGUAUGUUGAAGGCCUCCUCCUCAAGCUCAACGACGACCUCCGAAACCCCCUGCGGCACGGCGCGGUUCAUCGGAUCUUUCGGGCAGGAGCUGCAGUCCGCCGGGCUGCACAUGCUGGUUACGGAGGCGGGAAACCACCCCUCUACCGCGGACAAGAAACCCACCCGGGUCGCGAAACAGGCACAGCCCGGGUGCAUGGGUUUCUGCGACAUUCCGCUGGAGUUCGAGGAAGCGCCGAUUGAUGCGACUUUCGGGUUCAAAACGCAGUUUCUUCCUCCUGCCCUCCACGCGCAGCACGACGAGCUGCGGAAGCUGGCCAGUAAAUGGCGGAAAAUCCUGGAACACUACGGCGAUUUUGGGCGGAAAAUCGUGUUUUCCAUGCUAAUAUGCAAAGCAGAAGUUGUACAUGUAUUGCGCGCACACCUGAUGAAGCAAGCACCACUGGGCCAACUGCAACUACUGAUGCUGGAGGCUGGUUUUCUUGUUGGAGGAGGUUUUAACGCUUCUUGGCCUUGGGCCGCGUUUCUUGAGGUCCGUGUGUCUUGCUCGUGGCGCUUCGCGUUUGUGUGCAAUACCUUAUUUGCAUUGCAUAAUCAAGAUUCUGCCCUGAGGACCGGCCGACGAUCACGGAGUUAAUGGCGUUGCUGAAUGUACCGGUUCCGGAAGUCGUUUGCACGUAUAAAUAUAACUCUCUCACAACUAUUUUGGUUUUACUGCUGUGGAUCAUAAAUAAUUCUGCUUCAAGGAAAGGCAUAAGCUAUCCUCGGACCGCAGAAGCGCGCCGAUUUGUUCCGUUGCUUCGUAUUAGAUACAAACAAAGUUUUGAAAACAAAAAAUGUCCAGGUGGGCGACCCAUGAUGACACACGCCUUUCUGUAAGCUUGCGAAAACAAAGAACCUGCAGAAGCUUUUUUCUUUUCGUUCCACAGAUCGGCACUGUGCUAUGAGAUCGCAUUUCCAAAGCUCGAUUUGAUAUUGGUCUGCGAUAAAAGUAAAAUUUUAAAAUUUCGCGGAUUUGGGCGCUUUACCAGGCAACCCCGCACACCAAAUCUUUUCUGCGGUCAUCCGCCUGGGCUCGGUUGCGGAAAACCAUCAUUCAAGCAUUUCUUGGCAUCUGCUUUUCUUUUGCGAUCUCCUCAGCAGAGGACCUGCCUGUAGGCUUUGUGUAUCUAUACCGUUGUAAACCGACGUAGUUUAUUAUGCUCCUGCUUGAAGGGAAAAAAGAAAAACACUUUGAAAUUUCGCGGAUACGUCCGCGAAAUUGAUCGACUUUGCUUCUAUACGCUUUUUACUGGGAAGAUGGGACCCCCAUGCAUGGCGCGCAGUACCCAGCGGUGCUUGGUUGUAGGGGUCCUGCCUUUUGUUCUCGUACAACCGGUCUGCGCUUGUAGGAUCUUGCUGGACUUCAUAUGGCAAUCUACGACGAAUUUAAAUACAAGCCAAAUAAAGCAAAACAUAUGGAGAAGGGAAUAAAGUAUAUGAUAAGUAGACAAAUAAGAGCCAACUAUGUUAUUCUUAUCUUCGAACUGAAAACCCGAAACUCAAAUCAGGUUAUUUCCGAAAGGGUUCGAGGAAAGGGUUUUAAACAAGAAUUAUCUGCUGCGCGAAGACGAAGCCGGGUUCAAGUUGGAGCGUGAACAGAUUAUCCCGUAUGUAUUGCAUGGCAGUCAUCAAACGUGGCACCACACAGCGCACAUCAAAUACAAUUAUACAAUUAUAAAACGAAGUUCAGCAUCCUACUAGUUUGUAAUGCAUGGAUGUGUAUGCUCUUGCUGUGCUUGGUGCAGCUGCUUUCGGUUGCUUUUUGUUUUUUGUCGGUGGGACGAGAUAGAUACCAUACAUUGUUUUUGUUUCAGUGCUGGAUCUCGUCGAGCUGGCGAGAAGAGCAUGGAAAAAUACGCAGCAGACUCAUGCGGGAUCUGCAGGUGGAGGAUGGUCCGGUGCUACCGAAGAUGAGCUAAAAUUUUUGCACUGCAUACGACUGUUGGCGACGCAGAAGGCCGUCUUGCGAGACAUGCUGAACCCGUCCGAGGAGGUGAAGUCGGGGCGAAGACAGGCCAUCCGGGAGAUGAAGGUUGUGUACUGCACCGCGGCACGUGACGCCGGUAUGAAAGUGCACGACAACUCCCCCUCUACCUCGUUUGUUAUGCAAAAAAAUAUGUACCAAUACCAUAACUAUUACCAACACAAUCACAAACUUUAUCCUUCCUUCUUGCCUUCCAGAACUCGGGGCAUGGUCGGAUCAUCGAUUUGUCGCUACAUUUAUGAUUUGUACGUAGUACUAGUGGGCCCUCCGCUUCUGUUGCUGCUCAUCCUGAUGCCGCUCAAAUGCGCUGGGGUCGGAAGAGUUUUGUCCACUUUCACACCACGAGUGGAUCAAUUUGAGAAGAUAUUGAAAGUCACGGAGCUUUUAUUCAAGAGAAAAACAUUGAUGGUGCAAAGUGGUGUUUGUUGGGCAUAGGCUAAUCAUGGCAGUACUAUGAAUAUAAACCUGUCUGGCAACAUAACAGCAGAAACUUGCCAUGCGCAGAUAGUAAUUGAAACCACGUGAGAGAGAAGCUAGUUGUACUGGUCAAUUAUGACGAUUUUGCAAUAUCGCGAGCAAGAAGACAAAGUUACACUAACAAUGUUUUUUCCUUGGAUGGCUUUACAAUUCCGACGAACCGGUUUUCGGCGCCGAGUUACAAAAGAACGACAUGAUCAAGCUGCUUGAGGUAAGUAUUUUCUGUACCGAAUCCACCGUGUAUCUGUAUUCCUAUUUCUUCUAGAGUAAAACGCAAUGUUUUUGAUGUGUAAGUUAGUAGACAUAGACAACCUCCAAAAAUGACAGUGAGGAGAUCGAAGUUUGUAGGUCUCUUGAUUGUUUUUACCAAUGACUCCCACACACCUCCGCUGUGACAGGCGAUCGUUAAGCCGGAGAACAACGCUUCAUCGCCCCGCAAGAAGGUGUCCGGCAAACCGGGGUCCUCGAGUCCGCAGAAGACCGGGGCGGAUCACAAGGAACAGCACCAGACGCUGUUUAAGUACGAAAUCGACCCGAAGACAAUUACGCUGUAUGAGGCUGCACAACUCCCCAUCCGAACUCUCAUCUGUGAGCAUGCAAAUGUCGAUGAAUUCCAUUUCAAGAAUUCUCGUCUUCAUUUUUUUCGCUGUGAUAUAAAUGACCAAGCACACGCGUCACUGUGAUUAUUUGCAGCUGCGAUAAUAUUUAUUGCACGAGCACGAGGGACAAAUUUUUCUUAUGAACACUCACAAGGAACAGGAAAUUUGCCGCUCUAGCACUACAACGAAGUACGCGUUCUGCAAUUUUCAUGAUUGCAGUGAUCAUCUACUUCCAGCUACCUUUAUUAUUCAAAAGAUACUUACUUACUUACGCGGAUGAGAUGGGGAAGCUGUCCAAAUGGAUACCGCAGACAAUGGUGAAACCAAAGCGUUGUACGGAUACGUCGUCACGGAACACGAGAUCGUUCGCUUCGCCAAGUCACGGGCGAAUAUCAACGCGAGCAAGGCGUUUCUGCAACAGGCCGUCAGCAGCGGAACGUUCGAGAAGUACGUCGGAAAGCAAGCCGCUGGCGUCAGAGCACCUACAAUGACGACGUUUUUCAAAAUCAACUUGCCUCGCGAGUUUACCGGAAUGAGAGAUCUGGCGGACAGGGAGAGGCAGCACACGUCAAUCUGAUUCUCACUUCUUCACUCGGGGUUUAGUCGAAAAGGAAAAAUGUAGAGUUUGCAAUGCAUAUGCAGCUUUUGCAAAGAUUUGCUGAUGAAGAUGUUACUUAGAGUUAGAAAUGUUGAAUCAAGAAGCUGCAUCCGUGGGUGCUACAAGACCGAAGUCUACUUCUACGGGAUUUAAACCUUUGUAUACAAUUCGAUUUCCAUGAAAAACAAAUAGCACAGCCACAGAGACAGACUCUCGCAGAUAUUGAUAAUAUGAUCGAUGCGUUUAUUUUUUGCUGGGAUGCUUUUGACGCUAGGGUUAGGGGCAUGCAGCUGAAAAGACCCGUGCAGUAUUAUUGUACAAGAUUGAUAGAGAGCUUGUUCUCCUUGUUGAAUACGCUCGAGUGUAUUCUCCUGCUCAAAAAUCUUCUAUAUAUGGCUUCAAUUUUAAUACUGCUUUAAAGAUGUUAAGACUACGGUUUAUUUAAAACUUCAUUGAUGCCCGCAGCUGUUGUGGCAGUUGUGUGUUAGCAAUGAGACUGUACUUCUCUUGAAGAUCAAGAUGGAUCUCUCGUGAAGAAUUUUGGGACGAAGAUCCUGAUGAUGUAGCUGCAUGCUUACUUCAUCUUUGAUUGAAGUAGAAUCGGCUGCGCGAUCGUGUCCCUAUCGAACCAACUUUAUCUACCAUUUCAAAGAAAAAAGAAAAACCUUGUUAUGUUUCCAGUACCUUGUUUCAGACCACACACUUUAUCGAAAAGCACUUGCAGACUACAAACUUUAACAAAAUAAAGCAAUUAGAAUUAUGAGAAUGUAUCUAGAACGCCACCACGUGCGGUACCGCCGCCACUGGACUUCAGCUUGCGCUCAGCUCUUGAAGUCGUGCAGCUUGAACUUACCUCCUCUAAUUUUACCCCUCUACUGGCUGCGUGAUAUGUCGGAUUGAAAAACUUGCAGACCUGAACUUUUGCUUUGACUUUUGCAUUCAAUUGUAGUUUAGAAGUUUGCUCCAUCAGGAAGAUCAAGAUGAGAACGAGAAGGCGCAGGAUCAUGGUCGUAACCGUGAAUGAUGUGACGCGCAGAACUCGAAGUAAGGGACUCCCUGAGUAUUACGUGUCGUGGGCAAACCUACUCCCACUUGAUAUUAUGGGAUCCCCUGGCUCCGCACCAGUUUUGCUAGAGUGGGCAACCG